AUGCCUACGGAUGAUGGAAAAGAAGAAAGAGAAGAAGGAGAGUCUUUCACGAUAGAUUACGUCGAAAAUACACUUCAUUUAAUCAAUGCUGCUGGCGAAGCGGUUCAGCCUUUUCUGCCCCUCAUCACAUGUGUUACUGGAAUAAUCAACGAAAUUGUUUACGUUUAUGACAAUGCCAAAUAUAACCUAAAAAUCUGCAAUUCGCUCAUGGAUCGUGUUAACGCUGCGGAGGCUGCUAUUAAAACGUUGAAACGAAGAAAAACCGAAAAUGAAAAAAAUUUCCAGAACGAAGGAUAUUAUAAAACGUUCUUGCGUUUUAUUGACAUCUUGAAGAGGAUUAGAAAUUUUAUCAAGGAUGUGUCAACACUUCAAAGUUACAAAAGGGUUUUCAAUGCGAAUACAAUCAGGAAAAAAUUUGAGGAGCUUAUUAACGAAUUCGAAGUCACCAUGAGAGAUUUGCACUUUGCAAUGGCUGUAACUAAUGAGGACCAACGAAAGCUCGACCAACAAGGUCUCGAGUCUGAUAUUGCGGAGAUGAUGAAUUUUUUAGAAAAAAUCGAGGGUAAUAUUAUUGAUCAAAAUAAGGCCAUCAACACAGUUAUUCAAGAAGUAAAGAUUAUCAAAAAUCAGUUGGAUACCUCUACAAUACCGGAUAACAUCAAGAAAAUGAAAUCACACGAGAUAAAACCCUCAGAGCUACAAGAUCCUCCGCAUGGAAAAAGUGACGAUGCCCGAGGUCGUGUUACCAAGAAAAUAUAUAAAGUACAUGAUGUCGCUUGCAAGAUUGUGGCUAUUAGUGAUGAUGACAAUAGAUCACAGGCAGAGCUUGCUAGAUAUCAAGCGCAACUUGCUAUACUAAGAAAAUUACGAGAUUCACCUAAUAUCCUUAAAUUUUAUGGGAUUUCAAAGAUUUCUCGAUCACAGGUAAUAGUGUUGGAAUGGGCCGAGCUUGGUUCCCUCCGGGAGCU